ACGCCGCAGCCCACCUGCCAGAAUCAACCGCAGAGAUUAAACUUAGAAAUGCCUGAAAAUAUUGUACAGGAACCACCUAAACUGGUUCAGCCCAGGGAACAUAAGGCGAAGGUGCUAGUAUGGGCUGAUCUAACGGUAGCAGACAUGGAUAGUCUGGAGGAAGCUUCCACAGUGGAUGAUAUAAAGAACAUCUUGAGAACAACAGCCAGUCUGAAUACAAAUGGUGAUGACACACUGAAGACAGAUAUCUUGUUAGAUCUCUACUACUACACCAUACAGUUUGCCAGAGACAAUAACUUUACCAAAGAACAGACAUCAGCAUUUUUCUCCAUUGUGAAGAGAGUUCAUGAUGUUGCCACAGAAACUCCCUUUGGAAAUGUAGAACAAUGUUUCAAGCUGUUCAAGGAUCUCAUUCUGUGCCAUGCUGUAAAGAGGCCUCCUUUCAGCAUUGACCUGUUUUCCCCUGAUGAGUUGCGAAAAGUGACAGAUUAUGUCAUCCACACAUACUUCAGACAUUAUAAGCUAUACAAGUAUGCCUUCACACCCAUGGUGCGACUGGAUUUAUCAAUGAAUUAUAUAGGAGUUCCAGUCACAUCUCCAGCGCCAUCUGAAGCUGGGGAGGACGUAGCAGUGGAGACAGAACCUACUGAGGGGACAGAGGGGGAGGCACAAGAUGCUGAACAAGCUCCAGAACCUCAAGAAGAACAGCCACAGACAGAAGAAUCCGAGUCUGCUAAAGAACUGCGCUCCAUGAUCCAGGCCCAUUUAACAGAGGAGAUGAACAAAUUAAGACUUUCUAUGGAAGAACAGAUAAAAGUCACGGAUGAGGCACUGAACAAAAAACUUUCUGCACUAGAAGGAAAUGCUGCUGGCAAGGGUGGGCGAGCUUCUAGUAAGGGGAAAAAGAAAUAAAUGUCUGCAGGUCAUUCCACAACUCUGAACUAUGUUGGCUAUUAAUAGCCAAUUUCAAAUUACACACUCCAUGAGAGCAUGUUUUCUAGAGGGGAUAAACAAUACCAAGGGCUGUUCAUGUAAUGGCAUCCAAACAAUGGAAAGAUAAGUUGAAC